AAUAGGUAUGGUGACGUGAACUUGAGCAACACUGAGUUCGCAAGAUUCUUCUCACCGCAUCUCUCUUUCUUAUAUAACUAACAUUCAUUCUUUUCUCUUUUUUCAUCCCCCACUCUUUCUGAUAAACCCCAGAUCAAGAUAGCAUCAUUUCUAACAAUAAACCACCCAAUGUUGAACUAGAAGGUGCUUAUCUUCUUUGCUUUUCCUUUUCUGCUUGACAAAUUUAAUUUUGUUAUAAGUCUGCGUUUUCAGUCAAAUGGGUUCUUGUAGAAUGGUUCCUUGAACUUGAUCUGUGGUGGGCUUGUGGAAUUCUUGUCGGAUUUUAGAGAAUUUGAUCGUCAAGGAUGAGAUGACUUUGAUGGGCUACUGGCUAUAUUUUCACUUGAUCAUACAGUUAGGUGAAGAUUAGAGAUGGCUAGCCCUACGGCAAACAAAACUAGAAGUGCGCUUGAGGGUUUAUUAAGAGAAGGAUCAUUUAAAUGGCUAUUUGGAAAGGGAAAUUCUUUUAAUGAAGAAUUUGAGGAGAUGGAAAGGUCUCCAUCAGCUGGCAGGAAUUGGAUAGCUGAGCUCUCUCCACUUGCUAAUGUGGUUGUUCGUAGAUGCUCAAAAAUCCUUGGCAUUUCUGCUUGUGAACUUCAAGAAAGCUUCAAUGCAGAGGCUUCUGAUUCCUUAAAGCAUCUUUCCUGUUAUGCGAGGAACUUUUUGGAAUACUGUUGCUUCAGAGCACUGGCUUUAUCAACUCAAGUAACUGGUCAUCUAGCUGAUAAAAAGUUCCGACGGUUGACAUAUGACAUGAUGCUAGCUUGGACUACUCCAGCAGCUGCUAGCCAACCAGUGCUCAAUUUAGAUGAGGACUUAACAGUUGGUCUAGAGGCCUUCUCUCGAAUAGCUCCAGCGGUUCCAAUCAUUGCCAAUGUGGUUAUCAGUGAAAAUCUUUUUGAUGUGCUUACUAAGGCAACUGAUGGCCGGCUUCAAUUCUCCAUCUAUGACAAGUACCUAAGUGGACUAGAAAGGGCAAUAAAAAAGAUGAAGACUCAAUCAGAUUCAUCACUCCUUUCUACACUGCGAUUGUCAAGAAGAGAGAAGAUUCUGGAAGUAGAUGGAACAGUGACAACCCAACCAGUUCUUGAACAUGUUGGAAUAUCUACAUGGCCAGGCCGUCUAACUCUCACCGACCAUGCACUGUACUUUGAAGCUCUCCGUGUGGUAUCCUAUGACAAGCCAAAAAUAUAUGAUUUGUCAGAUGACCUAAAACAGAUUAUUAAACCUGAAUUGACUGGGCCAUGGGGUACUCGUCUUUUUGACAAGGCAGUCUUCUAUAAAUCUAUUUCCUUAUCAGAGCCAGCUGUCAUUGAGUUUCCUGAGCUUAAAGGCCAUACUCGUCGUGAUUACUGGUUGGCAAUUAUUCGGGAAAUUUUAUACGUUCACAGAUUUAUAAAAAAGUUCAAGAUCUCUGGAGUUGAACGGGAUGAAGCUCUUUCAAGGGCUGUGCUUGGAAUUCUGCGACUUCAAGCAAUUCAAGAAAUUAGUGCUGUGAAUUCUGUUUGCUGUGAAACUCUUCUUAUGUUUAAUCUUUGUGAUCAACUUCCUGGUGGAGAUUUGAUACUGGAAACCCUGGCAAACAUGUCCUCCAUAAGGGAACUAGAUCGGACUAACAAUUAUAAGGCUGGAGGUGGGAUGUAUUCAAUCUCUUCCUUGGCCAUGAUUUCCAAUUUAGGGUUUGUGCUAGGAACAAGUUCAGGUGAUCUUAAUGAGGCUGGGCUUGUUGUUGGUGAGAUAGCUGUGGGAGAGAUGAGUUCAUUGGAGAAGGUGGUUAAGGAAUCUCAAAACAGCUACAAAAAAACUGUGCUAGCACAAGAAACAGUUGAUGGAGUUAAAGUAGAUGGCAUUGAUACCAAUCUGGCAGUAAUGAAGGAGUUACUUCUCCCUGUUAUGGAAGUUGUGGAGUGGCUUAUUUCCUUGAUACACUGGGAUGACCCUAUGAAGUCUUUGGUGUUCUGUUUGGUUCACACUUAUGUCAUUUGGAGGGGAUGGCUGAGCUAUGCCUUUGGAUUGAUGACCAUCUUUCUUGCUAUCUUUAUGGUGCUCACACGAUUUUGUAAUCAAGGAAGGCCUGUUGAUAAACUCAAGGUAAUAGCACCUCCACCAAUGAACACGGUGGAGCAGCUUUUAGCUGUUCAGAAUGCUAUUUCUCAAGCUGAACAGUUCAUCCAGGAUGGAAACAUUAUCCUCCUCAAGUUUCGUGCCUUGCUGUUGUCCAUUUUCCCCCAGGCAAGCGAGAAAUUUGCUUUCACUCUCCUGUGUGUUGCUUUGAUCGUGGUUUUCGUACCUAGCAAGUACAUUACCCUGUUGAUCUUUUUGGAGACAUUUACAAGAUAUUCACCUCCAAGGAAAGCAAGCACAGAAAGAUGGACAAGGAGAUUAAGGGAGUGGUGGUUCAGUAUACCAGCAGCUCCUGUUGUUCUUGAAAGAGAAAAGGAAGACAAAAAGAAGAAGUAAUGGUGUUCCCUUUUAUACAUGUACAGUUAUGUUUCCACAGAAUCAUCUGUGCGAGUGUAAAUCUCAACCACGGAAGAAGAAUCAUUAUUAGGAAAACAAAGAGUUUAAAAAGUUGAUGUUUUACUACUACAAGGACUUGUUUAUUUUCAAUGAAUGCGUGUUUGCUGGAAAAUGGUUAUUUUUUGGAAAGGGUUUCCAUGUAAUGUGAAUUAUUUUAUGUUCUUUAU